AUGGGAGUUCCUGGAUUUUAUAGUUGGUUAGCUCGUAGAUACCCUUUGAUUCUUCACUAAAUCAAGAAAGGUGAAGUUCCUAACAUAGAUUGUUUUUACCUCGAUAUGAAUGGUAUCAUUUAUAAAUGCUCUAAGGAUGAAGGCACUGUUUUCAAAGACUUGCUUUUAUAGAGAAACAUUUAGGAAAUUUUCUCAAUGAUAUUUAAUUAUAUUGAUGAAAUGGUCAACUUAGUAGAACCAAAGAAAGUUUUGUAUCUCUUUCUUGAUGGCCCAUGUCCUCGUGCUAAGUAAAACCAAUAGCGUACUCGUCGUUUUUAGAGCGCUCAAUCAUGGAAAGACUUGAAUGAUUCUCUAAGAAACUGUGGUUUCCUAUCCGAAGGAGAGACGAUGAAGAAUAACUCUAUCUCAACAGGUACAGAAUUCAUGCAUGAUUUGAAUAAGUAGCUCCAUUUUUAUAUCUGCAAGAAAUUCGAAUAAGAUCCUCGUUGGUCCAAUCUUGAAGUUUUCUUUAGUGGAUCCAACGUACCUGGUGAAGGUGAACAUAAAAUUAUUAAUUUUAUGCAUUAGUAUUGUUCAUCCUAAGAUUAUGAUCCAACUACUACUCAUUGUAUUUAUGGUGCAGAUGCAGAUCUUAUCAUGUUAGGCUUAUCUACCCAUAUUAAAUAUGUCUCAAUUCUGAGAGAAGAAAUGAAAUUUUAACCUCCUGUAAGUAGAGCUGCUAAAAGAGAUAGAGAAUCAGUAACAUUUUAGAUGAUCUACUUAAAUAUAGUUAGAGAAUAUAUGGAGUUAGAAUAUAAGAUGUUAUGGAAAAAAGUAAAAAAGCUUGAGUUUAACAUUGAAAGAGUUAUUGAUGAUUUCCUUUUAAUCUGUUGUUUCAUUGGUAAUGAUUUCCUACCAAGACUGUAUUGUUUCAAUAUUAGAGAAGGACAAUUUGAAAUUUUGAUUUAGAUUUAUAAAGAUUAUCUAGUUGAAGCAGAUUCAUAUUUAAAUGAUAAUGGUCAUAUUAAUUGGGUUGGUCUUCAAUAGAUAAUUUAAAGAAUAGCAGAAGUUGAGCUUGAUUUUAUUGGAGAUAAAGCUACAGAUAUCACAAAGGAAUAUAAAAGACGUAUCAAGCAUCAAUCAGAUAAAGAUCAAGAAAUCGGAGAUGAUGAAGUUCCCGGAGUUAAAAAAGGAAAUGAUAAGAAAAACUCCUCUUCAGAAGGUGAAAAUGAUGAAGAUGACGAAGAUUUCGAAGAUGAAGACGAUGAUGAUUAUGAUGAUGAUAUCUGCGAUGAUAAUGAUGAAAAGGAUUAAGAAAAAAAUGAUUAAAAAAAUCAAGUCACUUUCUAACAAAAUUUUGAAAAAAACCUUCAAGAAAAGAAGAAAGAAGAAGACAAAAUUAUCAAAAAAGAAAAAGAUUUUAUUAAUGAUUUAUAAGAAAAUUAUAAAAAAGAUUAGUUUUUAGGAAAAUCAUAUUAUUAUUAGCAAAAGCUUAACUUAGAUUUCAAGAAUUUUGAUGAUAUUAAGACAUUAGAUUUAUUGAUAACUAAGUAUUUAGAAGGUUUAUAGUUUGUUUUGCUUUAUUACUACCAAGGAUGUCCUUCCUGGAGCUGGUAUUUCCCAUUCUAUUAUGCUCCUAUGACUUCAGAUAUCAGUUUAUUCUUGAAUUACAAGGCUGAACAUUUAUCAUAAGAAAUUGUAUUUGAUCUUUCCGAACCAUACCCUCCUAUGAAAUAGUUAAUGUGUAUUAUACAUCCUGAAAAUGCAAAUUUGCUCCCUAAGCCUUUUGCUCAAUUAUUGACUGAUCCUAAUUCAAAAUUAAGAAGCCCUGUAGAUUACUAUCCUGAUAAAUUUACAAUUGAUCCCUAUGGAGGUGUAUUCUCACAUGAAUAUAUUGUAGUCCUUCCCUUUAUGGACUAAAAAUUAAUAGAUGAUGUUUAUUCUUCUAUUGAUUAAGUAAAAACUUUAACUCCUUAGGAAAGAGAGCGCAAUUAAUUUGGAAAGAAUAUUAAGUACAAAUUUGACCAUAACUUUGCUCCUAUUACUAUUUAGAGCACACUUCCUAAUUACUAUAAGGACUUUUAAGUAACUUUGAAAGUAGAAACAUUUGAUAUCGGUAAAGUAUACUCUCCACCCACAAAUCCUUAAGGUGAAGCUUUAUCUAGAUUCCCUACUCUCCAUGCUAAAUAGGUUAUUGGAUGUGAGAUUGAUAAAGUAGAAAAAGGUUUACAAAUGAAAAUCAGAGUUAAAAGUGAUUUGACUGAGGCAGAUAUUGUUAAUAAAGUUAGAGGAAAACCUAAAUAUGAUGCUUAUUGCAAAUACCCUAAUUGCGAAAAAGUAUAAGUCACUGGUUUUCUAACUGAAAGUACUUUCAAAAAUAUAUGGAAGAAUAAGAAUCUUUCCAUCCUUGAAAAUUUAGACUACAGUGAAGAUUCUCAUCACAGUUUCUAUUUAAAAAUAAAAGACGAACUGUCCUAAACAUUUUACAAGAAGGGAGGAAUUAUAUACAACCAUUCUAAUCCCGUGAUUGCCAUUUUGUUAAAGUAUACUGAAGGUAGAAGAACUUUAAAGGGUACUAUUAUAGAAAACAGUGAUAAAUAUGAGGAGAUGUUUUGUCCUCUUGAUUUAUUAAUGAAGGAAUAGAAAAUCGAAAAAGUCAUUCAAGUUACUAAAUGUGAUAAUAUAGAAAAAGAGUUCCCUAUUGGUUGUAAAGUUGUAAUAGCUUAAAAAGGAAAUCUUGAUGGUCAUACAGGUAUUGUGACAGGAUACACCAAAGGAAAGCUUGCACAAGAACUUUUAGUUUAAUUAAAGACUAAGCCUGUCUAUUUGACUGACAAUCAACUAAAAUUCUACUCAAAGGAUGAUGAAGCAUUCAUAACCUUGAAAUUUUUGUCAUUCAAGCUUUAAUUAUCAUAAGAUGUUUUACUUGAUAUCUUAGAUAGCUUUAGCAUUAAAAUUGAACCUAAUCUUCCUUCUGCUAAUAAACUUCCAAAGAUGCUUGAUGUAGGUUUAAAUAUCAUCAGAAGACAUCUUAAUGAAGUUGUUCCUGAACUUGCUCGUAUUAAUGAAGCAUCUUAAAAUAUUUCAGGACGUGAAAAGUAUCAAUAAUUUAGAGAAUUGGAAUUGAGUCCUUCAUUAGUUAAGUUAAUUAUUGAAUACUAUAAUGCUUACCCAAAAAUAUUUGCUUUUGUUGCUAAACUUUCAUAAUUAAGAAAGAAGGAUAAAAACGCUAAUUUUUACUCUGGCUAAAUUUGGUCUAAAGAAGGCCAAGAUCCUAACAUUGAAUUAGUUAAGCUAUAUAUUUGGUUAAUGAAAAAGAAGGAAUCUCAAUUCUGUAGCUCAACCGUUGCCUCAAAGGUUAUGCACUCAUAAAAAAUUGAAUAGUUGGUCAAAUUUUAAGAUGAAUUUGUUUAAACUAAGCUCAACAUUCCUUAAAAAGAUUAGACCAUUCAUUAAAUAGAUGCCAACAAUGCUAUUCCUGCCGUCUAUAGCUCAAAACAAUAUAUUUACUUUAAAGAUUAACCUUUUUACCAUGAGGUAGGUGACUAAGUAAUUUACAUAGGUACUUAUAACACUAAGAAUGCUCCUUUUGGACUAUAGGGAACUAUAGUUGGUAUCAUGGAUGACAAAUUUGAAGUUGUCUUUAUAAAACCUUUCAUCGGAGGUGUUAAUUUAGGAGGUCGUUGUCCUCCUCAACGUGGUCUCGUAGUUUAAUUCGAUGAAAUUUAUAACUUACAAGGUUGGAAUAAUUUCUUGCAAAACAGAGACAAUUCUAAAGAAAAUACUUUAGGCUGGAAUGGAUGGGUUGAUGAGUACAAACCUCAAUUCCGUGAAGCUAUCAAGAGCGAUAAAGAUCUCUAAAAUAAAUAAGCUAAUAAUGAAACUUAAAAGUUAAUAGGUGAGAUCAUGCAUUAACCAGAAGCUAAUUUGAAAUCUGAGACUAGUGAUAAGCCCAAAACUAAUGUCAUAGCAGUUAUCAAAAAGCAAACAAAUGGUUCAAAAGGAACUGAUACCAUUUCAGAGGUAACUCAAGAACAAGCUUCAGCUUAGAUAGCUUAAUAACAAUAAUAAGGCAAAGUCACUAUUGGACCUGCUCCAACAACUGUUCCUCAAAAAACUGAACAGAAACAAUAGACAUAAUCUACUUCUCCUAGCAAAACAGAGACCUAGAAGAAACCUUAGAAGGAAACUGUCAUUUAUGUUAAGAAAUCAGAAGUUAGUUAAUAAUAAUAAGUAGAAUAAAAAUAACCAAGCACCUAAAUUACCCAAUAAGAAGAGAAAAAAGAAUCUGAAAGCGUUAAAUAAGAAAAAGUGGAAGAAUCUCAACAACAAUAAAUCGUUUAAGAGGCUGCAUUAUAAGCUCAAGAAGUAUAAAUAGUUAAAUCUGAUUAAAUAGAAGUGCCAAAAGAAGAUAAUAGUAAUCAAAAUGAAAACAUUUAAGAUGUCUCUGAAAUAGAAAAGUUAUUGCAAGAAUAGAAACAAUUCUAGGAAGAAGAACAAAAGCACUAAAUUUUGGAUGUUUCUGAGAUUGAAAAACAAUAAACUGAUGUCUAAGAAUUCGAAAUUCCAAAGGAGUGCAACUUAGAAGAAAUCGAAAAAUAAAUGCUUCAAGAUCAAUUUGAGCAUAUUAAACAUCAAGAUUAAAAAGAUCCCGAAAUGUUGGAUGUUGCGAAAUUCGAAAAAGAAUAAAUGGAACUAGCUUAAAAAGAAGCCAAGGGAUAAAAUCAAGAAUCCAACAAAUUUUAAGAUGAUGAUAAAGAUGAUACAUAAAAACUAAGCAGAAAGCAGAAGAAAUUAAAAAAUAAAGAUAUUACUGGUUUUAAUCCUGGAUAAAGUGCCGUAUAGUUUAAAAAUAGAGAAUAAGUUAACUAAGAAAAGAGAAUGAAAAGAAACGAAAAGAGGUUAAUGAUUCAAGAACAAAAUCUUUAAUAUUAAUAAUAUUAGCAAUAUUAUCAAUAUCUUUAUUUGUGGUAGUAGUAAUUUAUUAAAUAGAAAACUUAAGAAAUGGAAGCAUUUAAGAGAAGAUAAGAAGAAGAAAGGAUCAACAAGAGUCUUGCUCAGCUUACAAAUCCCGUUACAGAAGGUGAAUCAGUCAACUAAGAUCUAAUUAACAUACAGAAUGCUCUAGAACAAUAGAAUUCAAAGAACUCAAAUUUACCUCAAGAUAUUUAAAUGGUUGACUCUUCUCAAAUAGAGCAAAAGCUUUCAGAAAAUAUUAUUCCUUAGGUUCCUUUAACUACAAUCUAACAAGGCAAUGUAAGAAAUGAAAUUGUAGGAAAUUUAACUGCUGAAGACUUGGAAAACUUCGAAGAAUUAGAAAGACAAUAUCUCAGUUCAUUAAAUAAAUGA